AGUUGGUAUCUUCCGAUGAGUGGCGUUACUCGCGGAAGUCGCCCGGUGUUUGUAGCACUUCCGUCUUCUGCUCCAACUGGUACCCAGAAAUGACGGCGACUCUGCGUCCGUACCUGAAUGCGGUGCGUGCUACACUGCAGGCAGCCCUCUGUCUGGAAAACUUCUCCUCACAGGUGGUUGAAAGACACAACAAACCUGAGGUUGAAGUCCGGAGCAGUAAGGAGCUGUUGCUUCAGCCUGUUGUGAUCAGUAGGAAUGAAAAAGAGAAGGUUCUAAUAGAAGGUUCCAUCAACUCUGUGCGUGUCAGCAUUGCUGUCAAACAGGCUGAUGAAAUUGAAAAGAUCCUGUGUCACAAGUUCAUGCGCUUCAUGAUGAUGAGAGCUGAGAACUUCUUCAUCCUGCGAAGAAAACCUGUUGAGGGAUAUGACAUCAGUUUCCUCAUUACUAACUUCCACACAGAACAAAUGUACAAGCAUAAGUUAGUGGACUUUGUCAUCCAUUUUAUGGAGGAGAUCGAUAAGGAAAUCAGUGAGAUGAAACUGUCAGUCAACGCCAGGGCUCGCAUAGUCGCAGAGGAGUUCCUCAAAAAUUUUUAGGAAAUUAUCAGUACACCACCUGCUGGCUGCAAUACCUGUGUCACCUUGGUCGCCAGAAAUACGAUGGAGAGCUGUGGGGCCAGUGAGGAAGUAGUUAGGUGCGAUUUGAUUCCUGGACCACCAGCGAAGGUGGAACAGCUGGAUCCUGAGGGUGCUGCCUGUCACAGGAAUGAAUUCAGAGUAUUGCAGUAUUGUAAUUCAAAAGCAAGUGAUGGCUUUCACAGACAGGCACGGUACUCCUUUUGUUCUGUUUUACUUUUUUUGACUUUUUUCUCCCCUCUUUUUUUUAACUUUUGCUAAUAGCCUCAUUUUAUUUUUAAAAAAUAUUGUUUCUUCUCACUCUGCAGUUCCAUUUGUCUAUUAUCGGUCUUUUCAUCUUAUCCCAAAUCCCUUUGUUAUUAUUUCGCAGUAGUAAAGCACCCACAACGUUGCAAUAUUCUGAAUAUGCCUCAGCUUUCCCUUGUGCUCAUGAAUGUUAAUGAGUAUGUACUGUACAUAUUAAAAAGGAUAGACUCAUUUUACCUUUGCCUUUCUAACAAACCUUAAAAUCAGGGUGGGUCUAUAUAAAUUAAACCUCAUUGAUGCUCAUGAGCACAAAGGAAAAAUAUUCAGUGUCCGAUAAUUUAAACGGUUUGUUUUGUCAGUGUUUUUUAUAAAUAUGUAUACUGUGUUCACAUGAGCAUUUUUCAUGUUGAGUUUUGAUAUUAAAAAGAAAAAAAAACUCGCUGAUGCACAUGGAUCUUACAAACCAUAUCAGUCAUGGCAAAAUAAUGAUGACAAUGCUAAAUAAAUCCCUUUAUUGCUUA